AUGUCAGAGGUCGACCACAGUGAGCGGAUCAGGCAUCAUUCAGGACGAGCAGCUACCAUCAGCCUCCACAUCCGAACACAAGCCACAAACCAGAUUCUAGGGAUCCAGUUUCACACUAAUCUAAUCGCAGCUGACUUCAGUCUGAUGUCAGUCAGACUCUCUGGAUGCCUCCAUUAA